AAUUUUUGGCACCUGAGUAGAACGAUACGCUGAAAACCGUUAAAAACGGUCACACAUCUUCCAAAUAUGAAAGAGGAAAAAAAUUAGAGAAAACCCGCGGAAAACGUGCUAGCACAAGAGCUAAAUCAAAAGCAACGGAUUAAGCAUUUGAUCUUGUCAAUUGUUUGAGUAAGGAUUAUUGUUAUCAAUUUUUUUUUUCAGAAUUGAAUUAAAAAUGCAGUUGUUAAGCAUCAAUGGUGGUUGUUGCAUGGAGUUGCGGUUGCCGGCGAUUUUCACGGAGUCCAAGGAUGCAUUUACGUGGAGGAUUGGAGAGGUAAAUUGGAGGAACCGGCGGCAGGGAAGGAAAUGCGGUGGAAUGAUCGUGGCGUGCGGUGCGAAGCCGCCGGAGAUGAACGGAGACAAGGUUCGGAGAUCCAUCUUCUGUCCGAGCCACAACUAUGCUAUCUUGAAGCAUCAAAUGGAAGCAGCUGCAAAAUCUGAGGAUUACAAGGAGGCGGCGAGGAUUCGCGACAUGCUGAAGUAUUAUGAAAAGGAUAUGCCAGUUCUGCGAUUGCGGAGAUUGUUGAAGGAAGCAGUUGCUGACGAGAGGUUUGAGGAUGCAGCUAGCUACCGAGAUGAGCUAAUAGAAAUUGCCCCACAUUCUUUCCAGAAAUGUUUCAGUGAUGCUACAACCUUGGGAAUCAGGGUUCAAGUCAGAAGUGAAUAUAGAGAGGAUAGAAGUAUCCCUUCAAAGGGGCUAUACUACUAUGCAUAUAAAGUCAGAAUUACUAAUAACUCAACUCGCCCAGUUCAACUUCUUAGAAGACAUUGGAUUUUAACUGAUGCUCAUGGCAAAAGUGAAGAUGUCUGGGGGCUUGGGGUGGUUGGUGAACAACCAACUAUACGUCCUGGGAGAAGUUUUGAAUACUCUUCUGUAUUUCCAUUAAAAACACAAAAUGGAAAAAUGGAAGGUGAUUAUGAGAUGAUAUGUAUUGACAGAGCAUUUACAAGAGAAUUUAAAGUGGCCAUUGCUCCUUGUUCUCUUUAUAUGCUUGGAGAUUAUGAUGAUAAUGAUGUUAAUACUAUUUGAAAUAGAGAGCUUGUGAUGGAUUAUUUUAGAUUUAGAAGCUCUUGAGGAAUUAAAGUAAGGUAUUUUGUAUAUAAAGGAUCAAAUUUUCUUCUCGUGAAUAUCAGCA